GGCAUUUGUUUUAUCACGAAUCCACUUAAAUGGAUUAUAAACAACCAUCAAUCACACAAUGAUAAAUGAUAGGAGUAGAUAAUUUGGAUUUAUUCUGGUGAUGCUUCUACAUUUAUUAUAUAUAUAUAUAUAUAUAUAUAUAUAUAUAUAUAUAUAUAUAUAUACAUUAUAUUGUAGCUAUGCAAAGAUUCGGAGAUCCAGAAACUACAAUUGCUGUGAUAUCUACGAAGAGGGGGGGGGGGUCAAGUCUACAAUACUGUUUCAUGAUUGUAUCAAAUGAUCAAGCAAGCAUGCUCAUGCUACACCCAUGAUGCAAUGAAGUCCUUUAGACAAGAGAAAGUGUUUUGUUAUGUUACACUUUUAAUGUGCUUAUAAGUCAGACCUAUGAUUCAUUCAAAAGUUUGAAAGCUAAAAGGUACCUAGGCUACUGUUGGGAAAUGAAGAGAUAUUGCAAUUAAGGUUUCACAUUGCAUGACUAGUAUUGAUUGUGUCUGUACUUGAUUGUUUGAUUUGUGACGUUAUGUCUAGAGGAUCGCAACGUUAAUCAUAUUCAACAUUUCCAAAUAGAUCAGUCUAUUUGAAUAUCUUAUUUUUUCCAUUCCGUUCCAUUUAUGUAACAUGAUAUUAGAAAAUAGAAUUCCUUUGUAACAAGACAUGGCACGGAAUUAAUCUGAAAUAAUCUUUCCGUCGAUUCACCUGUCAGAAUUCUUGGUGCAUACAAGGUGACUACGGUGUAGUUCAUUAACAUAUCUGAAGUAUACGUAUAUUUAGAAAUCAUGGCAGCGUCAAAUUGGUUUGUCAUAAUUGAUAAUGCGAAACUGAUUAUUCAUAGAAGUCAGGGCAGACUCAUUAUCUGUACGUAGAGUUUUGAUUUAGUUCACUAAUCCCUUGCUAGUUCUUUGUUGCGAAGCAACAUAAAUUACCGCAAUCCCCACCUAUAGUCAGUACUAUCUACAUCUAUAUAUAUACAUAUACAAGCAAGUAUCACAUUGGCAGUAAUUCGGCUCCUUCUGACUGAGAACAUGCCCUAUCAUCGCCCCAUUCCACUUUCCGGCUCCAGCGUCCUUUGCAUCCGAGCACGUGAGUAGGCUUCCGAUUCAUCGGGCACCGGAAGAUCACACAGUGGAAGAGGCACUGCAGGGAGAGGGGGCACAGUGAGAUCGAACACCCGCAAUCUCAUUACGUGGUCCUUCCCUCGCCAGGGAACAUUUCAGUCGUGCCUCUUGGGAGAAAGCUGCCCCCCCACCCUUACCGCCAGAUGUACCGAUGUUUCAUCACUUCCCUUGUACAUAGCCGUUGUAUAUGAUACAGGGUACCGGCAUUCUGUUCGAUCUGUCAUUGUAUCAGCCAGACUAGUACGAACGGGGCACAAGCAAGGACAAGCGUAGGAAGCAGCUAUUCGCCACCGGUACGUACCUUGGACAGCGUACAAGUAUGCGGGAAACGACGAAAGAGAUGCCAGAAAAGAAGGGGAGGGGCAAAGUCAAGAUGGACAACCUGGAAAUUUCACCUGCAGAAGGAUCUCCCAACCUGGACCCUGGUGUGUUGACGCCAGGGGACGUCUGUCUCCCCGGGUUUGUGACACAGAAUGGUACUGAUCACCAGACCGAGCCACUAAGCGGACUGAAAACACAGCCAAGGCGGCCAACAGAACUAGAUAUCAGCGACAGCUCCCUCAAGUCUUCCCGAGCGCGAGUGCCGACGGCCUACGAGAUCUCCUCGGCCAAACAGGCCACGACUGCGGUCGUACACAUCCCAGAGACGCAGAAUCUACAGUACCUAAUGCCUCCGGAACCGCAUCCACCGAUCAUCAAACCUCAGAGAGCCAACGACUCAGGCGUGGAGAGCUGUGAGAGUGAAGCUUGCACGAAAUUAGGAAGUACGCAAGAACCACAAAAACCUAUCGUCUUCACAUUCGAGGUACCUUACGCGUUGGUACAGCAACGGUACGACCAGCCGCAUUUGGUUGUUUUUGACAGCGAGGAGAACAACAAGGAUGACACGCAAACACAAAAGACAUCCGGUACUGAAAGUAAAGAGUCUGUAGUAACUGUGGGUAGCCGUGGUGCUGAAACGCGAUCCAAGGAACGCAGAUAUUGUGACGGCUGCACUCUUACCAUAGUUCUGAUCGUCAUCAUCGUGGUAGGAAACAUCAUCGGCGCUGUGUACGUCUACCACAAGUACAACAUGAUCAACAGCAGUUUACCAGCCACAAUCUCCCCUGUGUUAACGACGACCCCCACGACUCGUGAGGCCGGACGGCAGCCCGACGAGCCGCCGACUGUCUCAGCAGUUAGAGAUGCAGACGACACAAUCUGGGUCAGAUUUACUAGCGCAGUCACCUCGUCAGACUUCCGGUGACGUCAGCACACAGCUUCCGGUGCGAUGAUAGGAGGCCCUGCGAUAUAACGAGGUGAUAAUUUUCCAAGCAAAGAGUUCAGGUAUAAUCCUUUCCAAGACACUAUUAGGGAGUGUUUCGAGCAUUUCUUGUAAAAUAUUCGAACAUUUUGCAAUAUUUCAUCGAUGCACCAUAAAUGAACGUUUUGGACCUGUACCAUAACAUCUUCCUCUGCUGUAGAAUUAAAAAUUCAAAAAGACAAACGACAUUUCACCUUAAAGUCUUAUGAAUUGAAGGAGUUAACAUUAACAACUAAAAUUCAUACAAUUACUGUCUAUUUCAUUAUGACCCCAAAAUCUUUCGAAAUUGCUACAGCUGCAUGAUGUAGAUUUUAAUGUAAGAAAGGUCUUAAACAUCAAGUUAGAAAUGCUCAAACAUGUCCCCGGUAAUGUCUUGGAAUAGACAUAUACAAACCCACUGCAAUGAUAGUGCUGUAAAACACACUAGAUGGGUGCCACACGAACAGAUAAAACACGGCAAUUCCUGGAAGAAUUCUCCAAAACCAAUUUUGAGAAGUAGAACUAUUUUUGUAGAGAUUAAACUCUAGAUGCUUAUUUUUUUGGACAUAUAGUCAUGGCGUGUCUCAUCUAUUUAUUUGUAGAUCUGUGAAUAGAUAUGGAGAGAAUCUCUCAGCAAAGACUUAUAACAGAGCUUUGAUCUUCUACACACAUGUAUCUAUGAAGCAAACUCCUGCCAUUUGUAUGUGGUAUUCAAUAGAACUAUACAACAGAGUGAACCAAUAUCAGGUUAUAUCUAGUCAAUAGUGUGUCACGAAGGGAUUGUACGAUAUUGAUCCAAUAUAGAAGCUUUAUUUUAACAUACAGAGGGUCUAACCAAAGCAAAACUAUUAUUCUCGAGUUUUUCAAAGUGAUGCUCAAUCCAGUACAUUUUUUUGUAUACCAUUAUCAGUAAAACAAUUUUCUAACUCUCCAGCAAUUGGUAUAUAUUCAUAAUUACAGAUUCAUGACUAGCAAAUGUUGACUAGCAAAUAAAUUUAGGUAUGGAACAUGAUACACGCAGGGAGAACAUAAAGAAGUCAUAUUCGUAAUAACUUCAUUUCAAAUAUACAUUAUAUAUUUUGUAAUACUGUCUGAUGGCUGAAAUGAAUUCUUGACUUUUACUACAAUGUUUGGACCGAAAUUUGCUUAGUUCGCGAAAGUCCUUCUUGUCAGCUUGAAGUUUUACCAAUGAAAUACAUGUUAUCUUGUAAUCAUGUCCUCCUCUACUAGUACAUACGGCAUGACGUCAUUUAAUGAAGAGCGAUGUGCCCAUCUGAUUUCAUUGUUCAGAAUAACAUCACUGUUUUUGCAAUCACCGGCCUAAAGGUGGGCACCGCUGACCUUACGGAAGGUCAAAUUUCAUCCAGAUUCAGAAAAAAACAUUCUAAAUCGAUUCGUAAAUGUGUAAAUAACACAUUUGUAUUCAUUCCUUCCGGCAAGGACUCUUCAUAAUCUAAUUGCCAUGCCCUUGUUAGUGUAUUUCUACGUCCUUACGAGGGGCACUAAACUAUCGAGAGUCGUUUAGGCUGCCUGGUGAGGAAUAUAAAUUACACAACUAAACACGCAUUAACAUUGCCGACCCCUUGAGCUCUACCACAGGAAAUGUAGGAAAACCUUCCCCUUCCGUACGCCAAUGGUCCCGGUGAAAUAUCGUACAAUCCCUCGUGUCCUGAGAGAAAUAUGACAAAUGAUCAGGUGGAAUU